CAAAUUUGUGAAGCUGCAGGCAAAGUAAAUAUUUUGGCAUUUGCUCAACAACUCAUGCCAUUUUAAUCAAAGCAAUGGUUAAAUUUCCUGUCAGUACAGUGACUGAUGGACUGACUGGGUAGAUACCACUGCUAAGAGGGCGGUUCAGUUGUUCAUAUCUCCUCAUAUGCACAGUGUCGUUCUAAGAACUGACUUACUUUGUCUUUCUUUUUUUUUUUUUUUUCCAAAACCUGAAAAUAACAUUAAUGAGACAAGAUAGCAGCAAAUGAUUGUCACUGAAAAUUUCAGAACGCACUGUGUGACAACAAAAUGACAAGUAAACAAAAAGAAAAUCAUAUCUAGCUUUAGAGGUGUGACACUUUUUGGUGAUGUGCCGCUUCAUCGUUGUAGAUAAAGUGUUAAUUCUGACAGCUGUGGUGAUAUUAAGUCCUUUGGGUCUUGGGGUGUUAACUGAAUUCCUGAUGAUAUUGUGAUGUGGGUACGGACUGGAGCUGGUCUGGUUUUUUGUUGUCUUGGUUGCCCUUUAAAGCCCCAUUGUUCCCAGUGUUUUUGUCAUUUUGAGGGCCGUCCUCACAUCUCUGUCAGCAAACCUUCAUAUAUGGGACCUUUUAUGUAUCCAUCCACAUUGUCUAUGAACACACACUCAAAAUAAACACGUUUCCUGUCUUGCUCUCACAAAGCAGAGAUGUGUGCUGUUUAUUUGUUGGUGACGCUGCUGCUCAUUGUAGUACAGCUGAGUGAAGGUGAAGUGGCUGUCUGCUGCCACUUUUUCUGUCUGUCCUCUUCUACACACGCUCUCGUCUCCCCUCCCUCCUCCAUUUCGUCUCGCUGCUUCCAUCACCACAGCAACUGAAAGCCCUGGAGGGUGUGUAGGGGGUUGGAUGGCUGGGUGGAUGAGCUUCGUGCGCUCACCCAGUUGCCAUGGCUAUUCCAGCUGAGUGACAGUGACACAGUGACAUCAUUGCUGCCAGUGUCUGCAUUUUGUUGCUCUUGUUGCCCAUAUUGAACACAUUGUUUUUCUCCUCAGUCUUCCAGCUCCAUCUCCCUGCUUUAUUCCUCUACUCAAGAAGCUGUGCUACUCUUUUUCUGUAUUUCUACCUCUUUUAAUUACUCUCUCCAGAGGAAGUGCUGCUCUCUCCAUUUCUUUCUCCCCGCCCAGGAAAUGGCUUUCCUUCAUUCCGUUACUAUACCAACCGGCACCAGCCGGGAUCUUGUGCUGAAGUGAGUGUGAUAAUGGCAUUACUCCCACUGUGCUCCUCUCCUCCCUCCAGUCGGUUCUGUCAUCCAUCCAGCUAUCUGUCUACCUUUUGGUUUGACUGUAUCAGCUCUUUACCUUUUGAUCUCUCAGUCUCCUCUCUCUUCUUCACUUUCAUUUUCUCGUCUGCCCUUCUCCUCUUUCCAUCUCUCUAUCAACACUGGGGGUGUUGUAAACCCCUCCAGAGGAGCAAAGCCAUAGUGGCUGCUCUUACAGCAUCACUGUCUGGCAGGGAGGAGGUCCUAACACCCCCCACCGCCACCUCCUCCGCCUCCUCCACCAACUCCCCCUCCCCUCCUCCACCCCUGACACACAUACACACAUCCCCCAGUUCCCGUUGCAAACAAACCGCUGCUUUAAACGUACAGUACCUCGGUGGAGGCUGCAGGCGUCUCGGUCUUCAAAUAAUGUAAUGGUGCAUAAAGGCGUUAGUGCGUGCGUGUGUUUUCGUGUGUGUAGCUUUACUUUCGGGAGAGGGAGGGCAGUAAGGGAGAUAGAGAGGGAAGGCGGAGUGAGCAAACGUGAGUGAAAGUGUUGUCAGCCAUUUUUUCUCAUCCUUUUUUUUCCUGUUUUCUGCUUUAUUAUCGGCGCGCCGCUGUUCUUCGGCUGGAGAUGUGAUUGUCAAGUGCGUGGAGAGCAGAAGCCGGCUUGGAUUAAAGGAGAUAUUUUUUUGUCUCUCUCUUUUUUUUUCCACCUCCUCUGUGGUUUUAAGAUAUUUCUGUGGGAAACAGCGGGAGGCUGGAAUAAACGCAGAAGCUGGUGUUGGUUUGGAGAGUCUCAUCAGGCGAAGGAAGAGCGGAUACUCCCAAAACUGUCAAGCCACCGCCUCCUUCCAGAGAGACGGCGCAGCCGAGGGAGGGGAGAGGGCAGGAGGCUAGGGUGAAGAUGGGGGUCUAUGCAGUAGCAUAGGGAAGGUCCGGGAUGGUAGAUUUUAGCCCGGCGAACAUUAAUUCAUUAUGAAACCAUUAGCAGCAUCAGACAGCAAUGGAGUCCCGAGCCAGCAAGAUAAAACCCCGCUCCCUGCAGACUUCAGCAGACUUCACCUGGCCGACGGCUUGCACCCACAGGUGACCCACGUCUCCUCCAGCCACUCAGGAUGUAGUAUCACCAGCGACUCUGGAAGCAGCAGCCUGUCAGACAUUUACCAGGCCACAGAAAACGAACCAGGUGACAUGGACCUGAGUGGCUUGCCAGAGACCGCUGUGGAUUCGGAGGAGGACGACGAUGAGGAGGACAUCGAGCGAGCGUCGGACCCCCUCAUGAGCCGUGACAUCGUGCGGGACUGUCUGGAGAAGGACCCCAUGGACAGAACUGAUGAUGACAUAGAACAAUUACUGGAGUUCAUGCAUCAGCUGCCAGCAUUUGCCAACAUGACCAUGUCGGUGAGGAGGGAGCUCUGUGCCGUCAUGGUUUUUGCUGUGGUUGAACGCGCCGGCACCAUUGUUCUCAAUGAUGGAGAGGAGCUGGACUCGUGGUCGGUGAUCCUCAACGGUUCGGUGGAGGUGACGUACCCUGAAGGCCGGACAGAGAUCCUAUGCAUGGGGAACAGUUUUGGGGUGUCACCAACUAUGGAGAAGGAAUACAUGAAGGGUAUCAUGAAGACCAAAGUGGACGACUGCCAGUUUGUAUGUAUAGCCCAGCAGGACUACUGCUGCAUCCUCAACCAGGUAGAGAAGAACAUGCAGAAGGUCGAGGAGGAAGGGGAGAUUGUUAUGGUCAAGGAACACCGCGAACUGGACCGCACCGGCACCCGGAAAGGACACAUUGUCAUCAAGGGCACACCAGAGCGCCUCACCAUGCAUCUGGUGGAGGAACACUCGGUUGUGGACCCCACCUACAUAGAGGACUUCCUGUUGACCUACAGGACCUUCCUCUUAAGCCCCAUGGUCGUGGGCAAGAAGCUCCUGGAGUGGUUCCACGACCCCAGUCUCAGGGACAAGGUUACACGGGUAGUCUUGCUGUGGGUAAACAAUCACUUCAAUGACUUUGAGGGUGACCCUGCCAUGACUCACUUUCUGGAAGAGUUUGAAAAUAAUCUGGAGAAAGAAAAAAUGUGUGGGCACCUCAGACUGUUAAAUAUAGCGUGUGCUGCCAAAGCCAAGCCACGGCUGGUGACACUCACCAAGCCCUCUCGGGACUCUCCACUGGCCUUCAGCCUUCUCGGAGGUCAGGAGAAAGGUUUCCGCAUUUUCAUUGAUGCUGUGGAGCCGGGGAGCAAGGCAGCAGAAGUAGGCCUUAAGCGUGGAGAUCAGAUCCUGGAGGUCAAUGGGCAGAACUUCGAGAAUGUCCAGCUCAGCAAAGCCAACGAGAUUCUGAAGAACAACACCCACUUAUCCAUAACUGUGAAAACAAAUCUUUUAGUGUUUAAAGAGCUGCUAACCCGACCAGAACACGACCAUGAUUUGGAUGCCGAGGAGGAACAUGACAGAAAGAACGGUGCACCACACCUUCCAAAGAUUGGAGACAUCAAGAAGGCCAGCCGCUACUCCAUCCCUGACCUGGCAGUGGAUGUGGAGCAGGUGAUGGGCCUGGAGAAGGUCAGCAAGAAAGCAAAGACCAACUCGGUGGGAGGACGCAACAAGCUGAAGAAGAUCUUCGACAAGACACUCACCAGCAUCCUGCCUCCUAAACCAUACAAUGACGUUUGCGUGGGCCAAUCGCAGGACGACAGCAUUGUGGGAAUGAAGCAGUCCAAACAGAUCCCACCACCUUUGCCCGUUAGUGGAAACCUGUCGUCGUCAAACCCAGACCUUCUGCAGUCUCACCACCGCAUCCUCGACUUCAACAACCAGCCUGUCCCAGUCAUACUGAACAUGUCGGACCAGGUAUUACGAGUCUUCAAGGCAGACCAACAGUCUCGAUACAUCAUGAUUGGGAAGGACACAACGGCUAAGGAAGUGGUGGCCCAGGCUGUCAGGGAGUUUGCCCUUACUGCAGCAGCGGAUGCUUAUUCACUAUGUGAAGUAUCUGUCACACCGGAGGGCGUCAUCAAACAGAGGCGGCUACCAGACCAGCUGUCUAAACUAGCCGACAGGAUUCAACUGAGUGGCAGAUACUACCUAAAGAGCAACAUGGAGACAGAGACGUUGUGUUCAGAUGAAGAUGCUCAGGACCUCCUGCGCGAAGGUCAGAUCUCUUUGUUGCAGCUCAGCACAGUGGAGGUUGCCACUCAGCUCUCCAUGCGGGCUUUUGAACUUUUCUGUGCCAUCGAACCCACUGAAUACAUCGAUGACCUGUUUAAGCUGCGCUCCAAAACGGGCUCGGCCAGCCUCAAGCGCUUUGAGGAGGCCAUCAACCACGAGACCUUCUGGGUAGCCACAGAGGUGACUCGGGAGCCCAACCAGCUCAAACGCAUGAAGACCAUCAAACACUUCAUCAAGAUCGCCCUGCACUGCCGCGAGUGCAAGAACUUCAACUCCAUGUUCGCCAUCAUCAGUGGUCUGAACCUGGCUCCAGUCUCCAGACUGAGGGGAACAUGGGAGAAACUACCUAGCAAAUACGAGAAGCUGUUUGGGGACCUUCAGGACCUCUUCGACCCUUCAAGAAAUAUGGCCAAGUACAGGAAUGUCCUGAACAAUCAGAACCUUCAGCCACCAAUCAUCCCCUUGUUCCCCGUCAUCAAGAAGGACCUCACCUUCCUACAUGAAGGAAAUGAUUCUAAAGUGGAUGGCUUGGUGAAUUUUGAGAAGCUGAGGAUGAUUGCCAAAGAAAUCCGCCAUGUUGGUCGCAUGGCCUCGGUCAACAUGGACCCGGCCCUCAUGUUCCGGACCAGGAAGAAGAAAUGGAGAAGUUUAGGGUCCUUAAGCCAGGGUAGUGCCAAUGCGGCAGUGCUCGACGUCACACAGACGGGCGGGCACAAGAAGCGGGUGCGACGCAGCUCCUUCCUGAAUGCCAAAAAGCUUUACGAGGACGCCCAGAUGGCCAGGAAGGUCAAACAAUACUUGUCCAAACUCAGCUUGGAAACAAAUGAGGAGAGUCUACAGACGCUCUCACUUCAGUGCGAACCCUCCAUAAGUACAUUGCCCAAGAAUGCCAGUGGGAAACGACCAGACACCUCACCAGUCGUGUCCAGAGCUGCCAGCCAACAGAGGGGCCAGUUGGCCAAGGGAAACCAGGCUCUCCAGGUCCCUGCUGUGGCCCUUUACCCAUCCCGAAAGAAAGUGCCAGUCAAGGAUCUGCCGCCUUUUGGCACCAGUUCCCCUCAGUCUCUGAAGAAGAUCCUGUCUCUGUCAGAGGAGGGGAACGAAAGACACCGGAGGCAACCAGAGGACACAGUGUCCAAUGCCUCCUCCCAGCUCUCCUCCCCUCCCACCUCCCCCCAGAGCUCACCCAAGAAGGGUUACAAUCGAAUGGGUGAUGCCUACUCAGACUCGGGUCACAGUGAGAUCUCCUCUCGCUCCAGCCUCGUCAGUAACUCCUCUUUCGACAUGGCCCAGGAGGAGAGGAGACUUCGUCACUCUGGAGGAGUCGGGGAAUCGCACAUCGGCGGGCCGCGGCUGGAACGAAGAGCCACCACUGACCCUGACCAGUACAGCCUCGGGUCAUAUUCGUCGAUGCAGGACUGUCGCGGCAUUUACACGGGCUGCCCUACUGUUCUCUCCUCACCCAGUUCAGAGGAGCUGACUCAGGAUCAGGGUGAUCGCGUUUCCCUCGAUGCUGCAGACAGCGGCCGGGGCUCCUGGACCUCUUGCUCCUCUGGUUCACACGACAACAUCCAAACCAUGCAGCAAGGGCGUAGCUGGGAGACUCUGGCCUUCGGUGGAGGUGGAGGUGGCAUCGGAGGGCUUCCUCCUGGUGGACCCGAGGCCUUAUUAGGAGGGCCUGCUGCACUGUGGGCAGCCCAAGCCAGGGGCAGCUGGGCGUCCGCCAGCUCUUCCUCGUCCUCAGCUGCGUACUGGGGAGAGGACUCUGAGGGAGAUACUGGCACCAUUAAGAGGAGAGGAGGGAAGGACGUCAACGCCGACCCAGAAACCAGUAGCAUCACAUCCACGGGGUCAGAGGAGGCCAAGCAGCUCAGCCGGCCCUCUCCAUCGCCUAUCACCGCUGGGGGUAAAGGCCUCAUUUCACGCAAAGAGAGCCGUUAUCGUGAGCCUCCCCCAACUCCCCCUGGCUACACUGCCCUGACCAUCUCCGACCUUGCUGAAGGGCAGCACCCGGCCCCGCCUGUUCCCACGUCUGCACCAACCCACACGGGCCGUCGGCCACCGGACUACACAACGGCUCUGCAGCGCUCGCGUAUGGUCACCCAGUCGCCUGACUCCCACCAGGCCCACCAGGGGGGCAAACAGCGGGCGGGCGGCCUUCACCGCACACGCUCUCCGGCAGAGGAGCAAGAGGCUGAGGAGGAAGAGGAGGGUGAGUCCUUGUCUUCCAAACUAAUCGCUCUGAGGAAGCCAAAGCCAGUGGUACAGCACACACCAGAGACUCCCAGACCAUGAGAGUGUGUGUACGGGGGUUAACAGGCAGGGCCCCUCUCCCCAAGGCAGAGGAUGAACAGGUGUCAGCGGUCUGAGAGACAACAGUGGACAUCCUUUUUGCAGUAACUUGAAGUCCCCCUGGUUUGGGGUGGGCAGGAUUAAAGACACUGACAGACAGACAGACCAAUGGACUCAUCAUCAGUUACGUACGUGCCUGCCUCCUCCACUUGGCUCUCCCUCCUGAAAGGUGGAUUCCUCUGCUCGUCUCCCUCCCCUGCCUUAAAGCAUCAUCAGGGGUGCAAUGACCCUGCAUGCAAAAACAAUACUGUGAAGAAGAGACGGAGAGAAGGUCAAAGACGAUGACAAAAUACCCGGCACUUUGGGGGGAAAAAAAGAAAAAAAGACUACAGGAUGGUAACCGGUGCCGAGAGGGGUUUUGACCUGGUCUCACACACACACGCACACACAUACACACACAAACCCACAUAUAUGUUGCUGUUAUAAGCGGGAGCGGCUCCUUCAAGACCGGCCCCCACCCAUUGACAAAACCCCCAAACCCACCUGUUAACGCAACAGCAUCAUGACGUGUUGAGCUUCAUCUGCACUUUGUCAUUUUCUACUUUCUAAAAAAAAACACAGAACAAAGAAAAACAAGAAAAGAGACUAUUGUUUGAAGACAGAGAGAAACAACGGUUGACUUGACUCUUAAUCUUCCCACUAGAUUUCUUUUUUUUAUAUAUAUAUAUAUAUAAAUAUUCUUUGACUGAUUGCACUCUGGGGGCCGAAAAGAGAAGUCAGCCCGUUUUUCUGCCUGGACUGAAACAACCCAUCUGUUGUUGAGUGUUUGAACUUAAAUCCAGUAUUAUCUCAUGUUUCACAUGUGAAAACUUAUCAAGUGUUUAAAUCAAAGCUAGGAGGAGAGCCCAGUAGGGAGAACCUACAUGCACAGUGUACUGACACACACACACACACACACACACACACACACAUAGUGUACAUUUUAUGUACCAGUACAUACACAAAAACAGAAUUUAUUUCUACGAAUAGCACUUUCAGCACAAUCCUAGAUGUUACCAGACAUUUGGCCUGGACACCAGGGUAUGAGUAAACCAUAUCUUCUGUCAUGCCACCUCGAAGCUCGUCUGGUUAUAUCAAAAUCUUUUCAUCAUCCUGUUGCUUGCUGUUACAUAGACAGUACGAUGUUGUGUAACCGACCUGUAGGUGAUAUCAAAAGCACAGAGCUGAUUGACCGCCCACUGAAAACUGAGCGAACACAUCGGACUCCAUCACGUUGUUGCAUCCAAGGAACGCAAGGAAUCUAAAUUACUAAGCGCAGCUGCGGCAGUGAAGACGAAAUCCUGGAGAUUCACCCUUUUUUUGUCCAAAUUAAAAGCUGAUGUCAGCUGGUAUGGACGCUGGAACUGUUAUAAUCAGAUGGGAAUUCAUGAGUCAAACUGUGAGCAGUAAGCCAACACUUACUGACCGAGGAUGGUAAUCAUCAGCGCAUUUAAGAAGCUGCCAAUGUGUAAAAUGUGAGUGCGCUCCGAACUGGCUGCCCUUCACAAAUGAUCUUGUACGGAGUCUUGUAAUACCCAUAUCUUCCUUCAAAGUAAAAGUAUCCAGAUUUGGCUUUUUUUCCCCCAACCUGAACAUAUGCCACAUUUUGUGAAUGUCCAAAGCGCCUUACGAUACCAUGAUCGCAUACAUUUCUCAACAUGGUUGUUCGGAUCACAAAUCACCUUGUUUCAAGAGCAGUCUUGACUCAAGCAAUAGUGGAGUGAAAUGCCUUAUUCAGGAUACUUCCCCGUGCUUUUUUUAAUACCUUAAGACUCAGUACAAGAUAAGGCCGAACAUUUUCUUUCUGUUUUGUUGUCCCAUGGCUUCAGGCGGCGACAUCAGACUUGCUGUGGCUGUUACCAUGUUACAGUGUGGUAGAUGUUAUUGUCUCCACACGGAGCGACCCUGCCCCUCUCCCUCUGCUGUUGUGCUAAUAGGUUCAUCCUCAGAAACUCUUCUUCCCUGUUACAGACAUCAGCUCAGUGGAUGCUGUAUGUAUAUUGCUUACUCCUGCGUCCAGUUUUCCACCUUAUCUUGCCAUCAAUGGAAGCAAAUGAAGAUUUCCAAUAUUUUUUUUUCCUUGUCUCCGGUGGGGAAGUUGACAUAUGAAGAAAUUGUUUUGUUUUUGUUUUUUGUUUUUCAAGGCUGCCAAUCAGAACGAUUAGAAUUGUGAAAAGUACCUUUUUGUUUUCUUCUAUCACUGAGUCGCACUGAUCACAUUGAUCAGUCUUGGAAACUACAGACUGAGAAAAAGAUGAAUGAGUGCAGUGUUUUCCACUGUGACGACACACUAAUAAUUUCCUGGGUUUCUUUUGUUAUUGUACUUUUUUUUUGUAAUGUCUGCAGAUAGAUUGUUAAUAAUUUGUUUGUAAUACAGUGGUGACAUGCAUCAUUCACUUUCAUCCAACUCUGAAGAUAAUGUGCAUAUUAGCGGGCCGAGUCCUAUUUCGAAAAACAAAAAGUUGCACAAAAAAUGUACAAGCGUAAAGAUAAGUGUAGUAGGUAGAACUGCUACUCAGUUUGAUGUGUGAUGUCAGUGAGAAAUGUACAUUUAGCUGGUGAUGACCUUCUUUUCUUCAUUCUUUCUUGUACUACUUUGACCUGUAUGUCUUUUAAAAAGACAAUUGGUGGAGUAUCAGUUGUUUUUGUAUUUUUAAUACAAUAAUUGUAAAUAUUGGUUAUAUUUUUGUUCAAAUGUACUGUUUAUGCCUCAACAUCCAGUUUAUAUGAAGCUGGGAAUCAAUAAAUACUGCAUAAAGAAUCAA